AUGACCACUCGAACCGCCACGUCCACAAGCACCACUGUGCACGGUCACCUUGGUGAUCUCAAGCUGCGCAAUGCUGCCAUCACUGGUCCUCAUUUGCAGCCAAAGGCUGCCAAACAAGAUCUUGCAGACACCAAGCCUGACUCCGCUCGUACUUUUCCAGGCCUGGGCUUCAAGCUUAGUCCCACCGAGGAGAGGCUGCGUGCCAAGCGCAAUUGGGGCUUCCUCGAGACCGCCUACGAUAACUCCAAGGUCAUGGGUCUCACCACCCACUUUGUCACCAUCACCAUGGCCAUCGUCUUUAACAAGUCUUGGCUUGCCAAGCCCGUUUAUGACUGGCUGAACACCUACGAUCGCUUCACCAUCCACACUGUUCACACUUGGAUCUUGCUUUCCACCUGCCAACUGCUGGUCAUUGGCCUUUUUGCCCUCACCGACUUGAGCGGCCGUCCGUCGUGGCUGGCCAGGUACCGCAUGCAGCCACACAAGCCUCCGACGCUGGCUCAGUACAAGAAGCUGAUCCCUGUCGUCUUAUUCAACCUCGUCGUCGUCAAUACGAUCUCCAACAUCAUCUACUAUCCUUUGGCCGAAUGGCGAGGAAUUCAGACCACCUACGAGACGCUCCCUUCAGGCAAAAAAUUGGUCGCUCAGUGGCUCGUUUGUCUCUUGAUGGAAGAUAUCGGCUUCUACACUGUCCAUCGAGCUCUGCACCACCCACGCAUCUACAAGUACAUCCACAAGAAGCAUCACGAAUUCAGUGCACCCAUUGCCGGAGCGUCCACAUACGCCCAUCCACUCGAGCACUACUUCAGCAACCUCGUUCCCAUCCUUGUCGGCUUGCUCAUCACACGCGCCCAUAUCAGCGUGCAGUACCUCUUCUUCACUGGCCUCAUGAUCGGCAGUCACGUGCAGCACAGCGGCUAUAAUAUUCCCUUCCUGACAUGUGCUUUGGUCCACGAUUGGCACCACUACUUCAACACGGAGAACUACGGCCCAGUCGGCCUGCUUGACGCCAUCUUCAAGACCAACAAGACCUUCAAAGCCUGGACAAGCGAAACCGUUGCUGCCUUCCAUGGCGAUCGCGCCAAGGCCAGGCAGGCCGCCCUCGAGAAGCUUGCCCAAAUCGAGGCCGAAGAGCAAGAGCGAAUCAGAUAA